GAAAUAGCGUAAGGUCCACAGCGUUGACUACCGCUUCUAAACAUAUCGGCGGAACCGGCUGCUACACGGGCACUAUAUUGUUUAUAAAAGCAGCGCUCGCCUCCUGACGCCUUAUCAUCGUGGCUCUAUUCAUUCCCAGGAUACAGGCAUCAGAAUCUACCGUCCACCGUGCCGACACAUCAACUACUCUCCGGCUUGAGGCCACAGCAGAAAGAUGGGGAAAGAUUACUACAAAAUCCUAGGCAUAGCCAAGGGGGCUGGAGACGACGACAUCAAGAAGGCAUACAGAAAACAAGCUUUGAAAUGGCACCCAGAUAAAAACAAGGCUGCCAAUGCUGAACAAAAAUUCAAAGAGAUUGCUGAAGCAUACGAAGUCCUCAGCGAUCCAAAGAAGCGAGAAAUAUAUGACCAAUAUGGAGAGGAAGGUCUUAAAGGUGGCGGAGGACCCCCAGACGGGCAGGGUACCAACUUCACCUACACCUUCCACGGGGAUCCCCAUGCAACAUUUGCCACAUUUUUCGGUGGCGCCAACCCAUUUGAGAUGUUCUUUGGACGAAAAGUCAAUGGGCGAGAUGACGACGACAUGGAAGUGGAUGGGAGUGACCCUUUCAGCUCCUUCCCAGGAUUCAACCUAAACGGUUUCCCACGUGAUCGGCACGUGGGCCUAGGUGGGCAGACCCGGCGCAAGCAGGACCCAGCCAUCCAUCACGAGUUACGCGUGUCCCUCGAGGAGGUCUUUCAUGGUUGCACCAAACGUAUGAAAAUCUCACGGAAAAGGCUCAAUCCGGAUGGUCGCACCUUACGGACUGAGGACAAGAUUCUUACCAUAGACAUAAAGCGCGGGUGGAAAGAAGGCACCAAAAUCACUUUUCCCAGAGAGGGUGAUGAGACGCCCAACACCAUCCCUGCUGAUAUAGUGUUUGUCAUUAAGGAUAAGCCGCAUCCACACUUCAGACGGGAAGGGUCGAAUAUUGUUUACCCUGUCCGGGUCAGUCUGCGACAGUCAUUGUGCGGUUGUUCAGUCACUGUGUCGACGAUAGAUGGGAACACUUGCAACAUGAAGAUCACUGAUGUUAUCAAACCUGGUAUGAGACAGACAAUUGCAGGCCAAGGACUGCCAUUCCCAAAGAAUCCAGAGCAAAGAGGGGAUCUGGUGGUGGAGUUUGAUGUGAACUUUCCAGAAAGUCUCCCCACCACUGCCAAGGAUGUCCUGAAACGGCACUUGCCAACUUCCUAAGACAGAUGGACAUGUGUAAAAGAUGCCUGUUGGCUGCAGUAAAAGCAGUCUCAUUCAUGGACAAAGUUUCCACAUUUACUCUGAUAAACCAAGAAUGUGUAAUUUAUAUUUUGUAUCUAAGCUGAUGUUUGAUUUCUUUUUUUAAACAAAAAAAUACUGCAUGGUUGUGCUGAAUGGUAAACAUAAAUGUUGGGGUUAUGCUGGUCAUUUCAUUCCAUGUUAAGCCAGAUAAUUGGGAUCCAUUGCUUUUAUUGUAUUUUUGUAUACUUAAUAUGGCUUGAUAUAGAGCAAACAUAAACAAAGCAAACGAGUCGUCCAGACUCCCUGAUUGAAAGUGCAGUUACAGCUUUUUAUCCCAAAUUACUAUUGAAAUAAACAUUAAUGUUGUUUCCAUCAUCAAACUCAUCAAAAUAAUCUCUUGUGUUAAUGUAUCUACUCAUCGUUAAGUGCUUAGAUCCAUUGCCUUUUAUGUUUUU